AUGACCUCACUCACAAAAUCGACAGAAACUCACCGCUGCCAAAGUUUUGAGUCCAAGUUUCAUAUGGCCUACACUGCCCAAAAGCUCUGGAAAGUCCCGGACCCUAGGCUAAAAAAAAGGCUGCGUGAAGUUAUCAUUGAGAAAGUCGUUUCAGACUUUACAAUAUACUUGGAGGAUAACAAUAGGAUCACCCCAGAAGUCACUCCUCAGGAGGUGGAGGAGAUGCUGCAGGAGCUAUUUGAAGGAUAA